AGUUAAACAGCAACAGAGCUCAACAGCACCCACCACUGAGGGAGCUGAAGGGACCCAGUCUAGCGGGAACGGCAAGGUCUAAAUCUGCUGUAGACUUCAUCACUUACAAAGACAUGUUUCAGCAGAUACAGAGUAGGGAUGAAGGACCGGCCAUCUAUGAGAUGUUUGCUGGUCCUAUCUAUGAAAACCUUCGAGUUUCCAGCUCCUGUGAGAAAGUUAAGGAGAGACACGUGCAGUCUGCUCCGUCUAGGAAGACACAGCAGUGCCAUAAAGUCAAACACAGACCACUGAAACAAGGGCAGAGUAAACUGAGGAGAAGUGCAGGAGAGUGUAUGGUGGUUUCAGCUAAAAGCAAACCAAAACCUGCGUCCUCUAGGGUGAGACCUCACCUCACACCCGUAUCAAGGAAAGGCACACAGAAAAUGAAGGAUAUACCUAUAUUGGAUGGGGACACAGAGGCUGAUCCAGUUCUCUCUAAGGAUGUUGACAUUUGCCAUAAUAGUGCUCAAGAAAAGGCUGAAGAUCACACGUUAUGUACCAUAGAGGAGGCUCUUUCUAGAUUUGGGUCUGAAACAUUGAAAUCAAAUCACAAAACAUUGACUACGCAAGCAACUUCAUCUCAUGUUGAAGAUUUUAGUCACAUGCACAUGAAUAAGCAAGAACAAAACCGGAAUUCAUCAAUAGGAUCUCAAAGCCCCCAAAUGCUGAAGAUCAACACUUGCAGCAGCAUCCACACUAUCAUGUCACCAGUUUACCAGAAGUUUCUGGAUGAAGUGGGGGACGGGCCGCUUACAGAUGACCUGUUGCAAUGUCUGGCUGAGGAGCUGAUCUCACUGGACGAGAGGGACGUAUCCAUCGGCCCAUGUCCUGAUAACCUGGGACUGAGUAAAGACGAGUCCCGCAGAGAAGACAAUCCAGUAUCAGAAAGAAAUGCAUUUCAUGAGGUUCAUUCAACAGACAAUGCUGCUUUGCUUGGCUCUGGGUUGGUUGUAGAUGACACCAUCACAUGGACAAAGGGUGAAGUACUCGGGAGGGGAGCCUAUGGGACAGUGCACUGUGGGCUGACCAGCCAGGGCCAGCUGAUAGCUGUGAAGCAGGUGAGUUUGGAUGCCUCUGAUCCUGACGCUGCAAAGAGGGAGUACAGUCGUUUGCAGCAGGAAGUGGAGCUGCUUAAAACUCUUAGACACACCAACAUUGUGGGCUUCCUGGGUACCUCACUUCAUCAGCAUGUGGUUUCCAUCUUCAUGGAAUACAUACCAGGAGGAUCCAUCGCUAGCAUCCUUCACAGGUUUGGUCCUCUGCCCGAGCGUGUCCUGGCUCUAUACACCCAUCAGAUCCUGGAGGGGGUGGCCUACCUUCACCUGAACAGAGUGAUUCAUCGUGACUUGAAGGGAAACAACGUCAUGCUGAUGCCCACAGGUGUCAUCAAGCUCAUAGACUUUGGCUGUGCACGCCGUCUCAGCUGCCUUAACCACACUGCUAGCAACAGCGGAGAUGUUCUCAAGUCUGUCCAUGGCACACCUUACUGGAUGGCACCAGAGGUUAUCAAUGAGACAGGAUAUGGCAGGAAGUCAGAUAUAUGGAGUGUGGGUUGCACAGUAUUUGAGAUGGCCACAGGGAAACCACCACUGGCACACAUGGACAAGAUGGCUGCCUUGUUCUACAUUGGGGCUCAAAGAGGGUUGAUGCCCUCCUUACCAGAUGGGUUUUCGGAUAAUGCCAAAGAUUUUGUAAAAAUCAGCUUGACGAGUGACCAGAGAUUGCGGCCAUCUGCAGAGCAGCUGCUGAAGCAUUCAUUCAUCCCCCAAAAUGAGAGUGGAGUGAAAGCUUGGAAAACACAGAAAAAGAACUGCUGUGGUCACCCAGAGGGACAUUGUGGUUAACAAGGAGUUACGCUACAACAGAAUAUUUUUGAGUACAAGGGGACAUUUAAUGAUUCAAUUUAGAUUGUGACUCAAAACAUGUCUUUCUUUUGCCACCCUUGGAGGGGCCUGCCACAUAUCCCCAGGGAUCCACCUGUUGUGUGUUUAGGAGCAUGGGCCCCUAAAACUCAGUACAUGAAAAGCACUUUUAUGUUUCACUUGAUAGAACCUAUAAAAUGUGAACAGAUAGAUGCCAGAUUGUUAUUACCGACCUAUAGCAAUCUAAUAAAUGUGCCAAUCUUAUAAAUACUGUAAUUUUCAAUUUAUACGUGCAGCUCUAGGUGUCCGUGACGCGUGAUAUUUAGGUUCUUAUAAAAUAUGUAAUCCAUUUUGCAGCAUACAUGACAUUAUACUAUACAUUAUAAGCAAGCAUUUUCAGGGCUUAGAAUGUGAACUACUAUGUCCCGUUAGCUUUCCUCUGAGUUAUUGCAGAAUCAUUGUGUAGAAUAUUGCCUAAGAGACACUCAUAAGAACUUUACUUACUACAAGCUACUAAUCAAGCAUAUCUCAUGUUCAAAUCUAUAAAAGCAGAAUGUUUCUUCACUCCUAGGUUCUAGUAACAUGGAUAUAUGCAUAAUAAAUGACAGCAACAACCAGG